AUGGAGUUUGCUACAUCUCAUACGUCGUCAAAGCACCGCAUCCCCGGUCUCCCCAAUCCCGUCGUGGCGGAAGCCGAGAAAAAAUGGCUGUUUCUGGAGGAAGAACUAGAGCGCACCCCGUCGCGCCUCGACAAGAUCGAUCGUGAGCAGGAGGACUACAUCCGGCACCGAGCCGUCCAAUUUAUUUGGCAAGUGAGCAUGAUGCUGAAGAUGCCGCCACAGACAUCAAUGACUGCCACCGUGUUCAUGCACCGAUUCUUGAUGCGCUACUCGUUGCGCGGUCAAUAUCCUGAGCAGGGUGGGGACUUGAUGCAUCCAAAGGUUAUCGCAGCGGUUGCGCUCUUCGUCGCAUUUAAGGUAGACGAAACCAUGCGCCGGAUGAAGGACUUUGUCGUGGCCUGCUGCCGCGUUGCCAUGAAGCAACCCGAGAUGAUUGUCGACGAGCAGUCAAAGGAUUACUGGAAAUGGCGGGACCUCAUCCUGCAGAACGAGAGCGUCCUGCUCGAGGUUCUUUGCUUCGACCUGACGAUUGAAUCACCCUACCGCAUCCUGUGGGACUACUCUCUGUUCCUCAAUGUCCCCGACAACAGACCUCUCCGACACGCCGCCUACGCCUUCCUCAAUGACUCCACAUACACCGUGCUCUCUCUGCUGUUCGAGUCGCGCGUCAUCGCCGCCGCCGCGCUCUACGCAGCCGCACGCCAUUGCAAGGUUUCGUUCCCGGAUGAUUCCCAAGGCCGGCCGUGGUGGGAACAGAUCGAUGUCCGCGUCGAAGACCUCAUCACUGCUUGCAGGCUCAUCGUCAAGAUCUAUGAGCGCGUGCAACAAAACCUGAGCAAGAAUUAUCCGGACUUCACCAUCAGCGACGCCGACCCCAAUGACCCUACCCGUCUCUUCCACAGCAACCCUCUAUCAGUCACAGACCACACAUCAUCUCUCUCUACGCCCGCUGCAGAUUCCCCCGCGGGGAGCGGGCGCAAACGCUCCCGCGAACCGGAAUCUUUCACAGCAGAUAACUACAACCCGAGCCCCAUCCCCAUGCCUCAGGCCCCGUCUACAUUUGGCGGCGAGCCUUCACAAAAACGGCAGCGCACAUUGUCGCCCGCGCCUAUCCUCAAAACCCCCCAGGACCCGUCUCAGCCUUCUACAUCUUCUCUCCCUCGAAUUCCGCUGCGGGCAAUGGCAUCGUUGCCCCCGAAACCCACACUGCAGAAUCCGUCCAACAAAGACGGUGUUUCUGACUCUCGUGUGGUUAAUGACGGAGGCAGCACGGAAGAGGGCGAGGUAUCGGAUGAGAAAGAGGCCGACAAGUCGAACACGGCGGUUGCGCCACAAGAGAAUCCACCCGACGGAGAAGGAAGCGAAGAGGGUGAGAUCUAG